CUCCACUCGAGCCUGGCCUUCUUCCCUUCUUCCUAUGCUCUCACCCCACCUCUCGCUCCCCUGCUCUCCUCAAAACUCCCAUUUGCAGUUAUAGUGCAGAACCGAGCACGACAACCGCGUAGCCGGUAUAUAACUGGUCAGAUGGUAUUGAUAGUCGGGGUCGUGCAAGCGGCGAACGAGAGAGAGGAGAGGGGGUUUCGUACAAGAACGUUGAAACCCUUCCCAUAACCUAUGGAACCCAUGGCCCACGCGCUGUAUUAUGCUAACAAAGGCUCCGGUGAGACAAGGUACAGUACCUAGGUCAGGUAGAUCAGAACUUGGAGUGAGAUGCAUUUUUAUGGUAUUUAUAUAGCUUCUUCUCCCUCCCCCUUUCCAACUCCAUUUCAGUCUUCCGUUUCCUCCGGUUGCACAUCUGAGAUACCUUAUUUGUUCCUCUACCUUCGUGGAAGCUCUAUACUUUCCCGAAGGAAUAUCUAUUGUCUUAGGUAAACCAUUAGUUUACUUUUUCAGAGCCUAGGCAAUUCCAAUUCCGUGAACUUGGAUUGCCUCGUCAUCCUUUCUUGGAUACCCAUAUCAAAUAGCAUAUUGUCGUUGCUUCUGUGUAACUAAGCCACCCAUUCUAAUUUACUCUUAAGUCGCCACCAUGGUUGCCAACGACAAGCCCGCUUCUACCUUUAGGUACAAUGAGAAGCCUGUGUAUACCACCUCCAAUGGAUACCCUAUCCAGCACCCCUCUGCCUGGCAGCGAGUGGGCACACACGGUCCCCUCCUGCUUCAGGACUUCCACCUAAUUGACCUCCUCGCCCACUUCGACCGCGAGCGAAUCCCCGAGCGUGUUGUCCACGCCAAGGGAGCUGGUGCCUAUGGAGAGUUCGAGGUCACUGACGAUAUCAGUGAUAUCACCACUAUUAACAUGUUAACUGGCGUUGGCAAGAAGACACCUCUUGUUCUUCGCUUCUCUACUGUCGGUGGUGAGAAGGGUUCAGCCGAUAGCGCCAGAGAUCCUCGAGGAUUUGCUAUCAAGUUCUACACACAAGAAGGUAACUGGGAUUGGGUCUACAACAACACCCCCAUCUUCUUCCUUCGAGAUCCCUCCAACUUCCCAUUGUUCAUUCACACUCAGAAGCGUAACCCUCAGACCAACCUAAAGGAUGCCACUAUGUUCUGGGAUUACUUGUCUACCCACCAAGAAUCCAUCCACCAGGUCAUGCACCUCUUCUCCGACAGAGGAACACCGUUCUCUUUCAGGCAUAUGAACGGAUACUCUGGCCACACCCACAAAUGGGUUAAGCCUGACGGCUCCUAUGUCUACGUCCAGGUACACCUAAAGACCGACCAAGGUAGCAAGACUUUGAACAAUGAGGAAGCUGGCAAGUUAGCUUCUGAAAACCCCGACCAUGCCACUCAGGACCUAUUUGAGGCUAUCCAGAGGGGCGACUUCCCAAGCUGGACAGUCUACGUCCAGACCCUGACGCCAGAACAAGCUGAAAAGUUCAAGUGGAAUAUCUUUGACUUGACCAAGGUUUGGCCACAGGCUGAGGUACCUCUCCGACGCUUCGGAAAGUUGACCCUCAACAAGAAUCCCGAGAACUACUUCGCUGAGAUCGAGCAAGUAGCCUUCUCCCCAUCUCACCUUGUCCCUGGUGUUGAGCCGUCGGCAGACCCAGUGCUACAGUCUCGUCUGUUCUCCUACCCAGAUACCCACCGACACAGACUUGGCGUCAACUACCAACAAAUCCCUGUAAACGCACCCCUCAAUGCCUUCAACCCCUUCCAGCGUGAUGGUGCCAUGUCCGUAAAUGGAAACUACGGCGCCAACCCCAACUACCCAAGCAGCUACCGCCCCUUGACUUACAGGGACAUCAAGCCCACAAACCCUCACGAGCAGUGGACUGGUGCCGCUGUAAGCGACCUGUUCGACCAAGUCCAAACCCAUGACUACGAGCAGGCCAACGGUCUCUGGAAGGUCCUCGGGCGAACUCCCGGUCAACAGGAGAACUUCGUCCACAACGUUUCAGUCCACCUAUCUGGCGCGCACAAGGACACCCGAGCACGAACCUACGACAUGUUUACCAAAGUCAACCCCGAACUGGGCUCCGCUAUCAAGGCCGCGACUGAGAAGAACGUCAAGCUAUGAUAACGAGAUAUCAGGCAAAUUAAUAAUUGAACUGAGGAUUAAAACGAUAUGUAUGUAUGACGGUAAAAAGAACUUGCUCUACUUAGUAUCGCAAAAUCUACCAAGUCAAUAUAAUGAGGGGUUAAAUAAUCACCCAACUCAUCUACAA